UCUCUCUCUCUCUCUCUCUCUCUCGUAAAGUCCAUAAUCUGCACGUUCUUGUGUACUUUCCGCUUUAAGCUGGUAGGAUCCGACCGGCCACCGCCACCCCACUAGAUCCUUGUUUGAUUAUUAACUUAAUUUCUAUUUUCUCUUUCGAACAAACAUGAACUGCUUGCAGAGUUGGCCCGAACCUGUCGUUCGUGUUCAGUCUUUGUCUGAAAGUGGCAUACGCCAAAUUCCACAUCGUUAUGUGAAGCCAGCGUCUCAUAGGCCUUCGGUGAAGAAUAACAAUGUUUCUUCAUCUUCGUCUCCAACGGAGGCGAAUAUUCCUGUUAUUGAUUUCCAGAAUGCUUUCUCUGAUAACCAAACCCUGCGUUUGGAGACUCUGAAGAGCAUCUCCCUCGCUUGCAGCAAGUGGGGUUUCUUUCAAAUAGUGAACCAUGGUGUGAGACCUGAACUUCUGAAGAGUGUGAGAGAAGUCUGGCGAGAGUUCUUUAAUCAGCCACUGGAAGUGAAGCAGGAGUAUGCAAAUUCUCCAGACACUUACGAGGGAUACGGUAGCCGACUGGGCGUGGAGAAGGGGGCGUCUCUUGAUUGGAGCGACUAUUUCUUUCUCCAUUAUAUGCCAGUUUUGCUGAGAAACCACAGCAAGUGGCCUCGAGUGCCAGCUUCCUGCAGGGAAUUGAUAGAUGAAUAUGGCAGCGAAGUGGUCAGACUUGGUGGAAAACUCAUGACAAUUUUCUCUAAGAACCUUGGGCUGGAAGAGGACUACCUUUUAAAAGCUUUCGGCGGUGAAGAGAACGUCGGUGCUUGCUUGAGGGUGAAUUUCUACCCCAAGUGUCCCCAACCAGACCUUACACUUGGUCUCUCACCGCAUUCCGACCCAGGUGGUAUGACCAUUCUCCUGCCAGAUGAAAACGUCGCCGGACUACAAGUCCGUCGAGGCGAAACUUGGGUCACCGUUAAGCCAGUCCCAAAUGCCUUCAUUAUCAACAUAGGCGAUCAAAUUCAGGUGCUGAGCAAUGCUAUUUACAAGAGCAUAGAGCACCGUGUGAUUGUGAACUCUGAUAAAGAUCGAGUCUCGCUUGCUUUCUUCUACAACCCUAAGAGUGAUCUGCUGAUAGAACCUGCUAAGGAACUGGUGACAGAGGAUCAGCCAGCUGUUUACCAAGCAAUGACAUACGAUGAAUAUAGACUUUACAUCAGGACAAAGGGUCCAUGUGGGAAGCAACAAGUCGAAUCUCUCAAGUGCACUUGACUAGUUUUCUACGUGGGAUCGGAUUAAAGACUUUGUUGGUCGUUCCUGUUUAAUCAAUAAAUUUUAAUUAAAAAGUACUCUCAAUUUUAGUUUGAUAAUAAAUACAUU